AUGCCGCCCAAGCGUCCGAUCCGCAAUGUGUUUGGCAACGACGACGACGAUGGUUUCGGGGCCGACGCGCCGAAUGGCACACCGCCAAAGAAGCCUCGUGCGGAUGCUUCGCGGACUACCAUGGAGCGUCUAGGCGGUCCUCCGUCGACUACGCCAGGGCCAGCUUCGCGGAAUGCAGUGGGUGGAUCAGGGGAGAACACCAUCCAGGCGCAGGUGGCUGCAGCCAAGGCAAGAGCACAUGCAUUGAUGAGUGCAAUGCAGAACAAACGCUCAACAUCGUCUCUGACUGCGGCGAGUUCUUCCCGCCCUGCUUCUGUGCCAGUAGCCACGUCGUGGUCAUCAUCCAGAUCUGCCCCAGUAGGCAGUGCUGCGGCUGGUCCAUCCACCUCGAUAUCGGCAGCUCCUGAGACAAGCACGACGACAAGACCUUCCGCUGCUGUAAAUAUUCAAGCGCAGCUCGAAGCUGCACGAGCAAAGGUGCAGGCGCAAAUCGCCGCGUUGAACAAGAAACCCAGACUGCCUGCAGAAACAAGCACUUCUCGUCCAAGCUCAUCGCUACCACCGACCAACUCCAACGUCGGCGCUCCACCAACGUCGUCUUUGGCGUCUGCAUCGAAAGCGCCAACAGGUAUCCACCCAUUGCUGCUAUCCAAUCAUCUACCGUACCAACCGAAAGAAUCUACAUCGACCUCGUCCGCCGUAUCCACCUCGUACGUCAAGGGCAAGAGCUCGGUUGCAUCAGAUUUCAACCCGUACCUGCAAGCAAGUCGUGAGCUAGCGGCCGAGUCGAGCUCGGAAAAGCCCAAGCAUCGAUCGAUGCACAAGGGGUUCCAAUUCCACAAACCGGGGCGCCACGUACGCGAAGCCGAAGAGUUGCGUCGAGAGCAGCAGAUGGAACAAGUCAGGAAACGCAUCGAGGAAAGCGCACACAACGCGCGCUUGAAACAAGAGGGAUCAAACGAAACGAGAUUAUUGAAACCAGCUCCUCCCGAGAUUGAAUGGUGGGAUUCCAAGCUUGUUUGCCAGCCGUGCUACGACGAUGUUCCGGACGUUGGGUCGCAGACGAUCGAAUCGAUGCUCGAGGCAGCCAGCGAGGGAAAUGGGGCCAUCCUGCUAUUUGGAGACAAAUCUCCCAUCGACCACUACGUCCAGCAUCCGAUUCCGUUGCGUGCACCUUGGGACCAUAUCGCUGUUCGACCACGUGCGUUGAUGCUGACCAAACGUGAACAGCGCAAACUGCGACGUCAACGGCGGGCAGCCGAACAACAGGACAAGCGCGAUCGCAUCAAGAUGGGACUGUUGCCACCGGAGCCGCCCAAGGUGAAGCUGUCGAACCUGAUGCGUGUGUUGACGUCUGAGGCGGUUUCUGAUCCGACCAAGAUCGAAGCGCGCGUCCGACGCGAGAUCGCCGCCCGCAAGGACGCACACGAACGUCAAAACGCCGAGCGAAAACUCACACCAGAACAGCGACGCGACAAGCAGCAACGCAGCAAGCAGAUCGACGAGACCAAAGGUAUAUACUGCCACGUGUACAAGGUGAAGCAUCUCAUCAGUCCGAGGCACAAGUUCAAGCUUCGAAGAAAUGCCCUGGAUCAUGCGUUGACGGGCGUGGUGAUUUUCCACCCGACCAUGGCGCUCAUCGUGGUCGAGGGAAGCGGCAAGGCACUCAAGCAGUAUAAACGACUCAUGACAGUGCGCAUCGAUUGGACCGAUCCUGCGGAUCCCACUGCACCGGAAUCCGCGGACAAGCAAGAUCCCGACUUGGCCACCGCCACCGCUAGCGCGCCGGUCGCGUUCAAACACCUCACCACCAGCCAAGAGAAUGUCGACUGGUCCACCAACACGUGCCAACUCAUCUUCGAGGGCCCCAUUCGCCAACGGUACUGGUCCGCAUUCCGCGCGCACGCCGCCCCGACCGAUCAAGCCGCACGAGACGCUCUCGGCGAUGCCAUGCAGGGGUACUGGGACCUUGCCACGCGCGCUGACCAGAGUCUGGUCGAUCCGUUCUAA